AUGCAUGAACAUCUGGAUUCAAAGUGGCUGUCUCACGUCCAGACUGCUCUGUCUACAGCUGGCCUGCUGGCAGAGGAUGGUCAUUCAGCUCUGGUCCACGGCUAUGAAGGGACAGACUGCACUUUGCUCAUCUGCACUCUGGCCCAGCUCAUCAUGGACCCAAGCUGCCGAACGCUGGAGGGUUUCCUGGCUCUCCUGGAUAGGGAGUGGCUACAGGCAGGACACCCGUUCCAGCAGAGGUGUGCCCAUUCGGCCUACUCCCACGCUCGCCUGCAGUAUGAGUCUCCAGUCUUCCUGCUCCUGCUGGACUGUGUUUGGCAGCUUUGGCGCCAGUUCCCUCUAGCGUUGGGUUUCUCUGAGGCGCUGCUCCUUAGACUGGCAAAUGAGGUCUAUGCUUCAGACUACGGCACAUUUCUGUGUAACAAUGACCAGGAAAGGUGUGCCCUGGGAGUGAAGGACCGAACUCACUGUUUGUUCUGGGCCCUGCUGAGGCCAUCAGAGAGAGACUACUACUCAAACCCUCUGUACGAGCCCACAGAGCUGGCCAUCUGGCCCUCAGUUCACCCUCAGUCUCUACAGCUAUGGAGAGGCUUUUUCCUGAGGUGGACACAGCAGGCGCGCCAUCUUGAGGCAGUUCAAGAAGAAAUAAGAACCAUGGUCAUUGAAUGGGCCAGGGCGACUCAGAGGUGAUGCCUCUACAAAGAUAUUACAAUUUUAUUGUAAUUAAGUUGUUCACAGAGAAAUAUUCAAAUAUUCCUUCUAUGUUUAUAUGUACAGUUUUUUUUUUUACGUAAUAAAAGCUGAAUUUUACAGA